AUGGCAAAAGCUUCGGAUGAGACAACAAAGUCAACGUCGGACCUGGGUGUCAAUUUCAGUCACCGUGAAUCUCAGCACCGUGCUGUCGAAGUUCCCUCCGGAGAAAUCAAAAAUCCAUUAGCCGGGAUACCCAAGCUACAGCUCCAACAAGAUGUGCACCAUUUCGCCGAAUUGUAUGAGAUGAGAGGCGAGUCCUCUUUGCUCUUCAAAGGGGCGUUGGUUUCUCAGAGACCUGGGGACUACGAAGACAUCGAGGAGCUCAACGAGGCCGAUCGAGACGCUUUGCGGAACGAAUCUACCCAUCGAUGGAAACAUCCUACGGCUCUUUACUUCACUAUCUUCAUGAACUCCAUUGGCGCCAUGAUUCAAGGAUGGGACCAAACAGGUUCUAACGGUGCCAACCUGUCUUUCCCUCAGGCUUUCGGAAUAUCAGACAAAGGUCCUGAGUGCCUUGCUGCCGGUACUUGCGACAGAAACUCUUGGAUCAUAGGCGCUAUCAACAGUGCGCCAUACAUGGCUAUCUGUCUUUUACGCGGGGCCAUCUUCGUGGGCGCAAUAUUCGGUGUUAUUGGGCCACUCGGACAAGCCUUUUGCCAGAGCUGGCCGCAGAUCCUGGCAUGCAGAAUCCUUUUGGGCAUCGGCAUGGGCCUGAAAGAAGUCACUGUGCCGGUCUUUUCCGCUGAGAACGCACCCGCCAAUAUUCGUGGCGCCUUGGUCAUGUCGUGGCAGCUGUUUGUUGCAUUCGGAAUCAUGCUUGGGUUCAGCGCCAACCUGGCAGUCGCCAACACCGGUGAUAUUGCGUGGCGCCUGCAACUUGGCUCAGCAAUGAUCCCAGCUGUACCUCUCCUAUUCGGCAUCUACUUCACUCCAGAAUCUCCAAGAUGGUUGCUGAAGAAGAAAAAGUGCAAACAGGCUUAUGAGUCGCUUAAGAGGCUCCGUGGAUCGAGUUUUCUCGCGGCUCGCGACCUGUAUUACAUUCACAGCCAGCUGCAAGAGGAGGAAAACAUGAUUGCGGAGAAAGGCUUUGAUAAGGGCAAUUUCUUCACUAGGUGUGUCGAGCUCUUCACGAUUCCACGCAAUCGUCGUGCUACUCAGGCAUCGGGCAUUAUCAUGGCGGCGCAGCAGUUCUGCGGUAGUGAGUACUACCCCUUGGGAUCGAACCGGAUGAAUCGAUUGACACUAAAAUCUUCUUCUACCCUAGUCAACAUCAUGUCUUUCUACUCUUCAACCAUUUUUGAGAACGCCGGGGCAAGUAGCCAGACCGCACUCCUAGCUUCAUGGGGUUUCGGCAUGGCCAUGUUCAUCUUUGCCAUCCCAGCUCUGUGGACCAUCGAUACUUGGGGUCGAAGGACCCUACUUCUUGCAACAUUCCCAAACAUGGCUAUUACUCUCUUAGCAGCUGGAAUGGCGUUCUACAUUCCUGCGUCUAGUCCGGCUCAUCUAGGUGUCAUUGCCACGUUCACUUACAUCUUCGCUGCCUUCUACGGCCCAGGGGAAGGGCCAUGUGCCUUCGUAUACUCAGCAGAAGUUUUCCCUCUAUCUCACCGCGAAGUGGGCAUGUCAUGGGCCGUGGCGACCAACAACUUCUGGGCUGUCAUUGUGGCGCUCACCUGGCCACCCAUGAUGCGAGGCUUAGGACCCCAAGGCUCCUUCGGCUUGUUUGCUGUUACCAACAUAAUCUGCUUCGUAGCCAUCUUCUUGUUCAUGCCGGAGACAAAGCAGCGAUCCUUGGAAGAGCUUGACGAUGUGUUCUCCGUAUCGACUCGACGUCACGCAUCCUAUCAACUAAAGGAGGUACUUCCGUGGUGGACCAAGAGGUACAUUCUUCGACAGAGGAACGUUAUGGAGCCGAAGUUGUACCAGUUCGAGAUGGAGGAGAAUGUGGAGGCUGCAUCAGGACGUUAG